AUGCCCUCGGGGAAGAAAGUCAAGCUCAUCCUGUAUGAGGUGCUGCAGUUUGCAGCACUGAUUGUACCCAUCUUUGUAAUCAUGGAGAGAUUUGCCAGCCUCAUAUACAACGUGAAAGGACGGGAUCACACAGCAUACUGGCUCGUUGUGGCGGCUUCUAUUGCCUAUGUGACCUCUGUGACCUUGCUGGUGUGGGCUCCUGUCAGAUAUAUGACUAUUAAGCAGCGGGGAUUCAUCAGAGAGGUCAUGCAGUGGAGACCAACAGCAUUGGCAUAUCUAAUCCUGUGCACAUUACCGUGCUUUGCUAUCCUAAUAGCCAGCUCCAAGGUGCAGGUGGACAGAGGACAGACACUGGACAGUUUCUCUGAGUUGCCAGUUUCCCUGGUGCUUUUCUUCCUCAUCUGGGUGGAUAUCAUUGAGAGGAUCCGACCCUGCAAACUCAUGGGAAAAUCAGACAGCUUAGAUUCAGACUUUGACAUAUCAGGCCCUGUCCUCACCCACAUGGAACCAGUGACCACCGUAUCAAGCCAGAUGAAUCCUGAAGAAGGCCAGAACGGUGUGACCCAAGGCCAACCAGAGGCCAAAAAUGGCAGUCCCUCUAACAGAUUCCACGAUGUUGCCAACUCACCACCAAGAACACGAAUCACCAGAACAGCCUACUUGUACUCCUCAACCUCACGCCCUCUGUCGUAUUCGGGUCGCCCAAGCAUCCUGUGGAAAAGGGACGGAAGGUCAGAAAUAUUUGUGGAUAGUUUCCUUUUCUGGUUUGACACUGUGGAGAUGGUGAGAGUGGCAGGACUGCCCCCAGUGUUCUACUCAGGCUGGGUGUUCCCAGUCUACAUCCUCACCUUCCUGUCUACUCUUCGUAUGAUUAUCACGCCUCACAACCCCUUGCUGUCUUCUGCUGGAUUUGCUCUUCAGGACUUCCCUUUCUUUGUUUUCCGGGUUGCUCUGAUUGCUGUGUUUGGCUUUGUAACACCCCUCUUAUACCCAUUGAAAAAUGUCCUGGUAAGCCUAGCUUUUAUCUAUUUCACAUUUCUGACCAGGCUGAAAAUUUUUAGACAUCACAGCCUGUUUUGAGGAGGAGUGGCACAUUCUGUUGUUGAUGAAAAAGCCACUUGGACUGUGAGUAUUUUGACAGUUGGUCUUCAUGUGUGGAGAGCAGCACCAAAUCAACAAGAUGCUGGUGCUGAUGAUGGCGAGCAGCAUGUUUGAAUUUUUCUGGCUUCUAAUGCAUUAAAAGGACAUUCAAACCAAAGUGCAAAAAUCAUUCCGAAUUUUGUUUAAAAAACAGGUGUACAGAUGGAAGUAUAAA